UCGCAUUUCGAAACGCGCUCUCAGGGAAAUACGAGAUGCGUUUAGCUUUAAACUGCGCCUUCAUUCUGACAGCCGUCGUGCUGUGCGCGGCGUACAAGGUGCCAAGCGCCCAAGUGCGAGUGUUCUAUCCCAAGGGAUUUGAGGUUUCCAUACCGCACGAGGAGGGCAUUACAUUGUUCGCCUUCCAUGGCAAGCUAAACGAGGAUUUUGAUGGAUUGGAAGCUGGCACAUGGGCGCGCGACAUACCCAGUGCGAAAAAGGGACGCUGGACAUUCCGUGAUCGGGAAACCGUUUUGAAUAUAGGCGACACCCUGUACUAUUGGACCUUUGUCGUCUAUAAUGGACUGGGCUAUCGCGAGGAUGAUGGCGCGUAUGUGGUCACCGAGUAUACGCAAAGUGGGAAAUCCUAAGACAGCUUGAAAUAAGCACGAAAUCGAAGUCUAUAACGUGAAUGGCUAAUUUCCAUUGUGUGUCAAUUAAAAAACCUGUCUUUAAUUAACUUAUAUGAAUACAUUACGAGUAGACAUAGAACGUAGAAUUGGUUUAUAUAGGCUAUUCUCUUAAAUAUACGUUACAUAAUAUAUAGAAGAACAGGCUUUUCGCUUGACUGUGCCCUGCUUAUUUGGUAUAUUUUACAGGGUAUUUCCUUGUACAAGUACUCGCAACUGCCUUCCUUUAAAACUGACUUGUUCUUGGAACAAUUGAUAUGUAUGUCUAGUAAUUGUAUUAAUUUGGCGUACUUAAAUGAUUCUGAAUAAAAUUCGAAUUGUUAUGAUAAA